UAAAUUUCGGCUGUUCAAUUAUAAGCAACAUCCAUUUAAGAGAAUGCUUAAGUGAGAGCCGACAAGUAACGUUAAGUUGCCAUAAUCAGACCAUAAACAUUGAACCAAUUACCUUUUCGAAAAACUAAUACAGCAUCAAACAAAUUUUUGUAUACAUAUGCACUCUUUUAGCAAACAACGGAAAGGCAAACUACUGAAAUAUUUUACUUUACUAAUUAUGUAUGUAUGUUUGGUAUUUGCAAUACUUGUUUUUAUACAUAGUUGUGCGACAUAAUGACGUCGUUUUGCUUGCAAUACGUUCUGGUCGGUGUGCUCAGAUGCCCAACCUGUCUGCAAAUCGGUUCGCUUGCUUCAAAGCGAUCUCAUUAAAAUGCCAGACAAGCGCUCAGGCCACAAGUGGCGGUUCGCGUGGCUGCUUACUUCGUAGCGCGCAAUUUCCAUCGGCUAUAUAAAGGCGACGAGCCGGUCGUAGCGCUAUUAUUUCUUACGCUCAGCUUGUGAUGUGUACAUCUAAGUUUAGUUUAUUUAUCUGCUGUUUUUACUGAAUUUCACAAUGCCAUUGACGCUGGUGUUAGUUGCUUGUGUAUCGGCUUUCAUUUCGACUGUCGCAUAUUUAUUUUGGCGCCGUAUGAACUAUUGGCGGCAACGCGGCAUACCACACGACGAGCCUAGCUACCUAUAUGGCAGUUUUCAUCGUCUGACCAAGGCGUUUGGUUACUCCGAGAUCUUGCGUUCCAUGUACGAGCGCUUCAAGUACAGCGGUCCAUUCUGCGGCUAUUAUUUCUUCCAACGUCCCGCGGUGAUGGUCUUGGAUAUGGAACUUGUCAAGAAUAUACUGAUUAAGGACUUUGCGAACUUCAGCGAUCGUGGUUUGUUCCACAAUAAGAGGGAUGAUCCGCUAACGGGUCACUUGUUCUUCGUGGAUGGUUCAAAGUGGCGUAUACUGCAUGGCAAACUGUCGCCAAUAUUCUCCGAAUAUAAAGUGCGUGGCAUGUUUCCGUACGUUCGUAAUGUGGCACUGCAAAUGGUGGAUGUGCUUAAUGAACUGGUAAAGCGCGGCAGUAGCAUCGAAGUGAAGGAGCUGAUGGGCCGCUACACCACAGAUGUCAUUGGAAAGUGUGCUUUGGGUAUUGAGUGCAACAGUCUCAAGAAUCCGAACGCAGAGUGUCGCACAAUUGGACGUCGUAUCUCGACCGAUCGUCGCCAUGGACUGCUGGUGUCUGCUCUGAUUGAGGGAUUUCCGAAGCUGGCGCGCUUGCUACGCAUGGCGGUAACUCAUCCGGAUAUCGAGAAGUUCUUUAUGCGCCUGGUGAGGGAGAAUGUGGAAUAUCGGCAGAAGAACAAUGUACGCGGCAACGACUUGAUGAAUCUGCUGAUGGAGCUGAGUAAGAGUAAAAAUUUAAGGUAUGAUGAAAAUGAUGAAUUUAAGGGUCUGACUGUGGAGGAGAUGACAGCGCAAGCGUUUUUCUUCUUUGCUGCAGGUUCCGAAAAAUCAUCAGCGACGCUUUCAUAUACUCUGUAUGAGUUGGCACUGCAACCCGAGCUGCAGGAACGGCUACGCUGUGAGGUCAAUGAGACGCUGGAACAGCACGACAAUGAGCUCACCUAUGAGUGUCUGAAUGAGAUGCAAUAUAUGAAGCAGGUAUUGGCAGAAACGUUGCGUAAGUAUCCGGUGUUACCGCACCUAGCGCGUCAGGCGCUUCACGACUACGUGGUACCCGGCCAUCCGAAGUAUGUCAUACCGGCAGGAAUGUUAGUGACAAUACCCGUAGUUGGCAUACAUUACGAUGCUGAAAUUUACCCGAAUCCUGAGCUCUUCGAUCCGGAACGCUUCACGCCGGAGAGGAUGAAGCUGCGUGAAAAGAUCGAGUGGCUUCCAUUUGGCGAUGGACCGCGCAAGUGCAUCGGCUUCCGAUUUGGUCACAUGGAAAUGAGCGUGGCAUUAGUAUAUCUGAUGCAGCACUUUCGCUUCUCUGUGAGCGCGAUGACCAAGUCCGGUAAGAGGCUACCAAAAAAUGGCAUUUUCUUGAAGGUUGAACGAGUUUAGCGCACGAAAUUAAUUUUUUAGUGAAAUUUAGGUUUGUAAGUUUGGAGACGUCUUUGGAAAAGUAGUUUUAUAUUUUUCUUCAAAAACGUUUUUUGACCAAAAUUAAUUUAUUUAUCAUGGGCUUAUGCGAUUUUCCUAAUGCCUUUACUGUGUAAAUUUAUAUUUUAGGGAGCCCAUGUAUCGACAAAAGUACAAAUAGUAACUGUAACUGUGAUCUACAAGAGUGUUAAAGCAUUUUUGGCUUUGUUGAAUCGCCGACUGCCGAAUUAUUUGCGAAAUCUUGAGAUUUUGAGAUAAGUUGUGAGAAUUUUUGUAGUUUAAAAUUUCUUAGACGCAAAUUCGUAUUUGGAAGUGGAUUUUUGCAAAGUUUUUUGUUAAAUAUAAAUUUUUUGGUUGAUUAACAA